ACCACUUCUUCGCUUAAUGUUACGAAGUACACCAAGGUAAAAGAGUUUAUAGGUGCCGUGCAACAUUACCAGAUCUUCUUCUGCCAUUUUUCGCGACUCUUCAUCUGCUAUCAUUCUACAUCCCUGACGAGACUAAUCAUGAAGAUUUGGCAUUGGUUCGAUGUGCUUUCGCUUCAUUCGAGAUGUUGUUAGCGACGGCGAUCACAUUCGUUCCAAGAAAGAAGAUGCAUAGAAAGCGACCGAACAGAAUGCUGUCGAGUGCAUUUUCCAUAGCAUCUACACCCAUGUCUCAAUGCUCAUCACAAGCUAGCAGUUGCAAUACGUCGAUAAUAUCUCCAAAACUGAGAAAGAACGGAAGUUUUGGAGGGACCCCAAGUUCGGCGUCGGAAGUAGUUGUGCGCCAGCGUAUGAAAUGGCGUGAACGCGAACAAACACCUGAACCGAUGACGUCACCGAAACGUGCGGAGGACUAUGAGGAAAUGGAUUGGGAACCUGCCGCAAAUAUAACGCGGUCGCCAGACGUCACUGCCCAUGGAAAAAUGCGACCGUCGGAGGUGAUGGCCAGGAUGGUCCGAGAGACGACGCCUAGUCGUGAACUGGCACCGUCCUUGUCGUCUUUAUCUUUAUUUGGCGAGAAACAGCCUGCACCUGCGAAGAGUGAUUUGGGACUCGGUGCUGGACGACCUGCUGCUUUCCCUUUGGGUGGCUCGAGAAUUUCCCGUUCAUACGCCCCAUCAAUGGCUAAUUCGAGAUUUUCAGCGUUUGUUUUGGAUUUGGCUAAAAGCACUUUUACGGGAUUACCAACUCUGCGCUCCUUGCGUCGUGAGGAUUCUCCAACCAGGUCGACAUUUACCUCUAUCUCACAAAGAGAAGAAGAAAAACGAAAGCCAUGGACCACUGUGGCAUUGGUUGUUAUAGCAGUAUUUAGUUUCAUUGUUAACAUUUGUUUGUUCUACAUGAUGUUCAGGAAGUGA